AUGCCUGGUCACCCUUUGACUUCUUUGGCCAAGGAAGCGAAGCGUCUAAAUAGAUCAGCAUCUUUCAUGCUGAGCGAAAUGACUGUGGAUAUAGGGGAGUGGGAGCCCUAUGACGAACCUAUACCUCAGUGGUUUGAAGAUGUACCCUUGGAUGAAGACAAACCGGAAGACCUAGCGGCGCUGAAGCUACUGCCAGGAUGGCUGGUAGUUGUAAGAGUGGUCAUUAUACACCUCGACCUUAGACGAGCUGCUGGCAGCGGUCUGUUUGGGCUGUUAGGAGAUGAACGCUUACAAGUGGUGGACGCCACUCUGCUGUUGGCCGAGCAGUUGUAUGCACUGGCCGAGCAUUGUGAACAUGGAGCUUCUGCCGUCACCUGUGCUCAGGACUUCACUCGAAUGUCUGCAGACGACAUGGACGCUAUGGUAAAGAGUGUAGCGUUCAAAAGUUUCCACGACUCCGAGAUAGGCAAGCGUCUGCGGCCAGCAAUCAUGUUCAGGCUGUGCACACAGAUGUGUAAUCACGUGAACAUGCCGAAACAGGAGGAGCAAAAUGUCUAG